AGAAUCUCAGAAACACCUGUCAACAGAACCACCCCCUCCACAUCCAACACCAUGACCAGCUCCUGCUGCUCCCCUUGCUGCCAGCCUACCUGCUGCAGGACCACCUGCUGCAGGACCACCUGCUGGAGACCAAGCUGUGUGACCAGCUGCUGCCAGCCCUGCUGCCAGCCCAGCUGCUGUGGCUCCAGCUUCUGCCAGCCCUGCUGUCAAACCACCUGCUGCAGGACCUGCUUCCAACCAAGCUGUGUGACCAGCUGCUGCCGCACACCCUGCUGCCAGCCCUGCUGCUGUGUGUCCAGCUGCUGCCAGCCCUGCUGCCAGCCCAGCUGCUGCCAGCCCAGGUGCUGUGAGUCCAGCUGCUGCCAGCCCAGGUGCUGUGAGUCCAGCUGCUGCCAGCCCAGAUGCUGUGAGUCCAGCUGCUGCCAGCCCUGCUGCCAGCCCAGAUGCUGUGAGUCCAGCUGCUGCAAGCCCUGCUGCCAGCCCUUCUGCCUCAACCUGUGCUGCCAGCCAGCCUGCUCUGGCCCUGUGACCUGCACCAGGACUUGCUACCAGCCCACCUGUGUCCGUGUGCCUGGCUGCCUGUCCCAAGGCUGUGGCUCCAUCUGCUCUGAGCCUUGCUGCUGCUGACUCUGUCUUCUGUCACAUGCUAGCUUGCCAUUAUCUAACCAAACUCCUGGAACAAAAUCACCGUGCGUGCUUUGCCAUCAUUAACUAUCUCCGGGGUGUCUUCUUGCAAAUGAUCAUGGGUAUCUGCUUGAUGAGAGAGCCUGCUCUUCUCAUUACUCAGUACUUAACCUCCUGUUUCGUUUAAUCUUAACUUGGUUUUGAGUUAUGUUCUCAGGUUCAGAAAAGAAUUUUUCUUCUUUCUCUUCAAGCAACUUAAGCAAAUCAAACCUUCAUUCUUCUUUCCUCAACCCUGCUCAGGGUGAUAAUUUCAUUUCCUAGUGUACUUUUAUUCUCUUGGCUCUUGUGCUUGCUUUAAAUAACCUUCUCCAUCCUAUGUGUUCUAAAUAAACCUGCAUUUGUUUUCUG